CUCGUUGCGUCUCGGUCAGCCCGCAGCAGUCUCCUUCCCCGGCGAGCUUUCACUUCAGAGAUGGCUGCGAAAGUGUGCAGAUCGGUUCUACUGUUGUCCCGAAGCGGCGGAGCAGCGACCGGCAGCCUCUCCGCACUCGUCGCUUCUUCUCCACGGCACCAGCAGCACAUAAGACCGCAGGAGGUACUGUCCACGCCAUUCACUCGCCAGACUGUCAGGAGAGCACAUGGCCUCCGGCCAGCAACUCACUCCACACUCUUCACUCAGCCUCCCACUGCCCUGUCUCCACAGAUUUGGAGAGGCUCCCCUUCAUGGCAUGGCCAGAGGAUGUUGUGUACACCGGGAUCAUCAGAGGAGGUGACAGUGGUGUACCAGAAUGGGCUGCCAGUCAUCUCGGUCAGUUUGCCAUCCAGGCGAGAACGUUGUCAGUUCACUCUCAAGCCUCUGAGUGAUUGUGUGGGAGUUUUCCUGCAACAGCUUCAAGCAGAGGACAGAGGAAUCGAUCGGGUGGCCAUAUACUCCACGGAUGGUGCAAGGGUCGCCUCCUCUACAGGCAUAGACAUUCUGUUACUGGAUGAUUUCAAGCUCGUCAUCAACGACACCACCCACAUUGUGCGACCACCAAGGAGAGAGUUGCUGCCCCAUGAGGAGACAGAAAGGCUGAAUGAUGUCAAAUUCUUGGUGCAACAACUUUACACCACUUUACGCAUUGAAGAGCACCAACUCAGCAAAGAGCGAGAGCUGAUCGGACGACUAGAGGAACUCAACUCUCAGCUCCGCCCCCUUGAGAAGGUAAAGCAGGAGCUGAGUAGGAAGGCGGAGCGACGCACCACCUGGGUGCUAUGGGGCGGCAUGGCAUACAUGGCCACCCAAUUCGGCAUCCUUGCUAGACUGACCUGGUGGGAGUACUCUUGGGAUAUCAUGGAGCCUGUCACCUAUUUCAUCACCUACGGCACAGCCAUGGCUAUGUAUGCAUAUUUUGUGCUCACACGCCAGGAGUACGUGUACCCCGACGCCAGGGACCGACAAUACCUGCUCUUCCUCCACAAGGGGGUGAAAAGGACACGCUUUGAUAUUGAGAAGUAUAACAAGCUCAAAGAGGACAUAUCUGAGGUGGAGUUGGAUCUGAAACGUCUUAGAGACCCGCUGCAGCUUCAGCUCCCAGUUCAACAGCUCAAUGCUGGUAAAGAUUGAUGGGAAAAGUAACGCCUCCCUCUUUUGCCGGCAUACCCUUUUCUAUCCGUAUCUGACCCCACACCCCUCCCUGCCUUAUGUAAAACCUAUCCUCCUCGACAUCUCUCCUGCAUCCCCCUCUUCAAGUUGGGAGUGUUUGCCCCUUUUUAACUCCCUGACUGAAGCUACUGUUUGGAACUGCAACUGAAAAUCAAAGAAGGGACGAUGGUGAGCUGAAAAUAACCUCACAGUGAUGGUGAAGUUAAACUUGCAACUUGGCUUCUUGUUUUAGCCUCUGAACGGACAGACAGCCUGCAGUGAACCUGAGGGGCAAACAGGAAAUGACACAAGCCGACCCUCCAGCGCAGGGGAAGCUGUUGCUCUGUAUUAUUUGUGUAUGCGUACGCGUGUGUGUGUGACAUGCAGGCAGAACCAACAGUCGCCAUAACAACAGCACACACAUACUGUACACACACAUACAAAUUGGCCAGGGGGCAAGUUCUGAGAAGCGUCGCCAUCCCACACAUGAAACAAGUUUACAAGCAAGGCUCAAAGGGACACUGUAGUCCUCUGGCUGAACUCUUCUGCCUCUCCGCACUCUGGCCACGCCUCCUCCAGGUUGACGGACAACCAUCCUUCCUCAACGUGACCUUUGGUAGGAGUCAGUCUAGAACCCUGUUUCCUGUUCCGGUGGCAGCCCGGCCUACGCAAGUAUGAGAGUACUACCGACAACAACAUCACUGUGUGUUCUUUUAUUCCAAAAAAAAAAAUAUUUUGGCACUUUUUAUUUUGAAAGCCAUAGUAUAUUUGUUAUGAAAUGAAUAUUAAAUGAAUCUAUAUGUAUACAAUCAAAUAAACUGAAUGACCAGAUGCUCGUUGUUUCCCAGUGGGGGGAGGAACUCAUCUUAAAACGUCACUGCGACCGCACCAUUAAGGAUUCAUCGUGUUGUCACCUAGAUACAAAAAGCAUUAUAUACAAUCAUGGACAAAUUUAUUAGCACCUUUGGAAUUUUUUCAGAAAGUACACAGUUUCUCCCAGACAUUAACGAAAUUACCAAUGUUUUCAGUAUGAAUGUGUGUAUUUUUUUCCAUUUGCAUUGGAAAAACACAAAAAAGCUGAAGAAAAAAGCCAAAAUGUACACAAUUUUGCACAGAAUGCAAAAAAAUGGGCUGGACAAAACUGUUGGCAUUCUCAACUCAUUA